CCAACACCCUCUCUCUCUCUCUCUCUUUCUUCAGUUGGCAAUGGCCGCUUACUUGCCUUCUUCUGUUCAACUUAACCAAAUAAACCAUAUAGUGGACAAGCCUGGGAACAGCUGUCCGGCCGACACGGUAGCGAAAGAAGAGCCUUUCGACUACUCCCAGCGUGCACAAUGGCUCAGGGCCGCUGCCCUCGGCGCCAAUGAUGGCCUCGUCUCUGUUGCCUCCCUCAUGCUGGGUGUGAGCGCAGUUAACCAAUCGGUCAAAGCCACCGUCGUCUCGGGUCUCGCCGGCCUCAUCGCAGGAGCAUUCAGCAUGGCCAUCGGCGAGUACGUCUCCGUCUACUCCCAAGUCGACAUCGAGCUCGCGCAGAUGAAGAGGGAGAGGCGGUAUGCCGAUGUUGAGGUGUCGGCGGAGAAGGAGCAGGAGGAGAAGGAGAAGCUGCCGAGCCCUUUACAGGCGGCCGGCGCAUCGGCACUGGCGUUUGGCAUCGGGGCAGUGGUGCCGUUGCUGAGCGGCGCAUUCAUCAAGCAACGAUGGACCAGGGUGGGCGUGGUCUCUGGUGUCUCGACCUUAGCUCUAGCCCUCUUUGGCUGGACCGCCGCUAAGCUCGGUGGCUCGUCAGUAGGAAAAUCGACGGUUCGUGUUGUUGUUGGAGGAUGGGCAGCCAUGCUUGUAACUUUUGGGGUGCUUAAGCUCUUUGGUAUGGCCUUCAAAUUGGACAUAUCUCAGUCGGCUUAGUUCAGCUCUACCAUGAUCCAGAGGAUACUUGUACCUACCAGGGUCGUCAUGGUUCAAGAAACCUAGUCGUGGCCUUCCUUCUUGAAUGCCCGGUGAAUAAAUUUAUGUUCAGUUUUAGGCUUCUUAAGAGAUCGGCUAGUGUAAGAUACUAAAUGUAUUGUUGAAAAUAUAUCUAUGUUCUCUGUAUGUAUCUUGUCUCAUGGCCAUCAACGCGAGAGAUAGAUGGCAUAACGAUGACGAUCAAUGAGAAUAGUUGCAUGUUAAUUUAGUUAUGUG